AUGCGCGAAGUAGAAAGCUCUUCAGGCCUUAAUUUACCCUAUAUCAUCGACAACACCUCACAACUUUUUGUUGUGGACGGCUACGUCGCCAACAUAUGUUACGAGUGUGAAGGACUACUGUGGGGAAUAGCAAGGCAAGGUGUCAGAUGUACGGAAUGUGGAGUGAAGUGCCAUGAAAAGUGCAAGGACCUGUUAAAUGCCGACUGUCUUCAACGUGCCGCUGAAAAGAGCUCUAAGCACGGUGCUGAAGAUAAAGCAAAUUCUAUUAUAACCGCUAUGAAGGAUCGAAUGAAGCACCGAGAGAGAGAGAAACCUGAAAUUUUCGAAUUAAUUAGAGCCGUAUUCAGCAUUGAGGAGAAAAGUCACACCGGUCAUAUGAAAGCUGUGAAACAGAGCGUCCUGGAUGGUACAAGCAAGUGGUCAGCUAAAAUAGCAAUCACAGUGAUUUGUGCUCAAGGCCUGAUAGCGAAGGAUAAAAGCGGAACCAGUGAUCCAUAUGUGACGGUGCAGGUUAGCAAAGUCAAAAAACGAACUCGGACAAUGCCACAGGAACUAAACCCUGUGUGGAAUGAGAAGUUUCACUUCGAGUGUCAUAACUCCUCUGAUCGCAUAAAAGUGCGCGUUUGGGAUGAAGACAAUGAUUUAAAGUCAAAACUUCGACAAAAAUUGACACGAGAGUCGGACGACUUUUUAGGACAAACGAUAAUCGAAGUUCGUACACUGUCUGGAGAAAUGGAUGUAUGGUAUAACCUAGAGAAGCGAACGGAUAAAUCUGCUGUUUCGGGCGCAAUACGACUUCAUAUAUCAGUGGAAAUUAAGGGCGAGGAAAAGGUGGCUCCUUAUCAUGUGCAAUAUACUUGCUUGCAUGAGAAUCUCUUUCAUUAUCUUUGUGAGGAAAACAGUGGAAUGGUUAAAUUGCCAAUUCAAAAAGGCGAUGACGCUUGGAAACUGUAUUUUGAUGAAAUUCCAGAAGAGAUUGUUGACGAGUUUUCAAUGCGUUAUGGAAUUGAGAACAUUUAUCAGGCUAUGACUCAUUUUCACUGUCUAUCGGCCAAAUAUUUGUGUCCUGGAGUACCAGCUGUAAUGAGCACACUUUUAGCCAAUAUUAACGCGUAUUAUGCGCAUACCACUGCAUCGUCUGCAGUAUCUGCUAGUGAUCGUUUUGCUGCUAGCAAUUUUGGGAAAGAAAAAUUUGUUAAGUUAUUGGAUCAGCUACACAACUCACUCAGAAUUGAUUUGUCAAUGUAUAGAAACAACUUUCCCGCAUCUAGUUCGGAAAAACUAAUGGACUUAAAGUCAACCGUCGAUUUAUUGACAAGUAUAACUUUUUUUCGAAUGAAGGUUCAAGAAUUGUCAAGUCCACCUAGAGCAAGCACAGUGGUAAAAGACUGUGUAAAAGCAUGUCUACGAUCUACUUAUCAAUUUCUUUUUGAGAAUUGCUACGAACUUUACAACCGAGAGUUUCAGGUCGAUCCUAACGAAGUAAAGCGUGCCCCAGAUGAUCAUGAACCAAAGUUGGAUAGUGUGGACUUCUGGCAUAAGCUAAUAGCACUAAUAGUAUCAGUUAUAGAUGAAGACAAAAACAGCUAUGGCGCAGUUUUAAAUCAGUUUCCUCAAGAACUGAAUAUUGGACAACUAUCAGCAUCUUCAAUGUGGCAUCUUUUCGCUGUGGAUAUGAAAUAUGCUUUAGAAGAACACGAACAACAUCGUUUGUGCAAGUCUUCGGCCUAUAUGAAUCUGCACUUCAGAGUUAAAUGGCUUUAUAGUAACUAUGUUAAAGAAGUUCCCCCCUACAAAGGUGCAGUACCGGACUAUCCAGCAUGGUUUGAACCUUUUGUUAUGCAGUGGCUAAAUGAAAAUGAUGAUGUAUCAUUAGAAUAUUUGCAUGGCGCAUUUAAACGGGAUAAGAAAGAUGGGUUUCAAAAAAGCAGCGAGCACGCACUAUUUUCGAAUUCGGUGGUCGAUGUUUUUACGCAAUUGACUCAAUGUUUCGAUGUUGUUAGCAAACUCGAGUGUCCUGAUCCAGAAAUUUGGAAACGUUACAUGAGGCGUUUUGCUAAAACAAUCGUAAAAGUUUUAAUAGCUUAUGCAAAUAUUGUAAAAGUUGAAUUUCCAGAGCACUUAAAGGACGAAAGAAUUGCUUGUAUCCUUAUGAAUAAUAUUCAACAACUUCGAGUUCAAUUGGAAAAAAUGUUCGAGUCCAUGGGUGGGGAUAAGUUAGAAGAAGAUGCGGCUAACAUUUUAAAAGAACUUCAACAAAAUUUAAACUCUUCACUGGAUGAUUUGGCAUCACAAUUCGCUAUCAGCUUGGAACCACGAAUCACCCAGUCCGUCCGUGAAUUAGGGGAUAUGCUACUUUCUAUUAAGGGAGGAAGCGGAAAUCUUUCAACUGCUAACCAAGUAAUUCAACGCAAUGCGGUCGCUGUUGAGGCUGAUGAAGUUUUAAGACCACUUAUGGAUUUGCUGGAUGGUUCAUUAACACUAUAUGCCCAAACGUGUGAAAAAACUGUUCUUAAAAGGUUAUUGAAGGAGUUGUGGAAAAUUGUAAUGCGCAUAUUGGAAAAAACAAUCGUUCUACCACCAAUGACUGAUAAAACUAUGAUGUUUAAGCACUUGACUGAUAAUGCAAAGAAUUUGGCAUCCAAUGCCAAAAUAGAAGACAUGGGGCGGCUGUUCAAAUCUCACAUGGCAGGAAAACAAGAUGUUAAAAGUGCGCUUAGCGGAGUAAUGGACAUAUCAAAGGAAGUCGAAAAAAAUUUGUCACCUAAACAGUGUGCCGUGCUGGAUGUUGCCUUAGAUACAAUUAAGCAAUAUUUUCACGCUGGUGGAAAUGGACUGAAAAAGACGUUUUUAGAAAAAUCAUCGGAACUACAAAGUUUACGUUAUGCACUCAGUCUAUACACACAAAUGACCGACACAUUAAUAAAAACGUUUAUAUCUAGUCAAAUUCAUGAAGGUAAGCAAUUAGAUCCUGAAAACGCAGAAGAAAGUGUUGGCGAAAUUUCCGUACAAAUCGACUUGUUCUCUCAUCCAGGCACGGGAGAACACAAAGUAAACGUAAAAGUGGUUGCAGCUAACGAUCUUAAAUGGCAAAUACCUUCGGGAAUGUUUAGACCGUUUGUGGAAAUAAAUUUAAUCGGACCCCAUCUCCAAGAAAAAAAGAGGAAGUUCGCAACAAAGUCAAAGUCUAAUAAUUGGUCACCGAAAUAUAAUGAGUCAUUCAGCUUUACAAUUGGAAAUGAGGAACAGCUGGAAUUCUUCGAAUUACAUAUUUGCGUUAAGGAUUAUUGCUUCGCCCGUGAUGACCGACUUGUUGGAGUAGCUGUUAUUCCACUAAAAGACGUUUCAGAAAAGGGCUCUGUUGCAUGCUGGUUACCCUUAAUGAGACGUAUUGAAAUGGAUGAAACGGGUUGGACCAUUUUAAGAAUAUUGUCCCAAAGGAAUAAUGAUGAAGUAGCCAAAGAAUUUGUUAAGCUAAAAUCAGAAAUACGCCAGGAGCCAACCAUAGGUUCUUAAAAUUACUGUUUGAGGACUGGACUAAAAUAAAACAAUAUAUUUUUAUAUAUCAUAAUCGAAAUAUUAUUAUUAAUUUUAGAACUUUGCUGCUUUUCUAUUCGUUACAUUUAAAAUAUUAUUACAUUCUGCUAAUAAGAUUUUGAAAAUAUCAAUAUAGAGUUAUUCUUCGCAUACGAAAAACAACAAUAAGCUUAUAUGGUAAAUAACUUAAACAGUAACCUUAGAAUAAAGUAAUAGUCAUUAAGCAAAAGUAACAUUUUCUCACUUCAAAAAUAUAAAAAGAAAAUAGUGUUACUCUACCGAAAACUCUUCAGCGCAUUUAUAAACAUUUGUUAAUUUGUACAUAACACAAUCCACUUACUAAUGUGUUGAAUAUUUAAUUUUUUUAGCCAUGAACAUCUGUAUAUUUAAAUAACUCUUCAUGCACAUGCGCAUUUAUGUAUAUAAGUACCUACUUAGGUAUAAAUUAGUUAAUCUAAAAUUAAUUGUUAAAAAUAUUUAACUUGUGCAUCUUGGGUUUUUUAUAACAAUAAAAAUAUUAUAACUACA